CGGACGGGAAUGCGCGGAGCGGCGGCGGCGCGGAGGAGCCGCCCGGGCUCGUGUCCGCACCAGUGUGGAGCCGCCUGGGCCGCGCCCCUCCCGCCGCCGGCUGCCAGCGGGGACUUGGGUCUGCAGGCCUCGGUGAACGCGUAACCUGCGCCGCAGCCCGUGCGGCCUGGCCAUGGCCGACCGCGGGUGCCUACUGGAGGCAGCGCCGCUGCCCCCCGAGGUGCGCGAGAGCCUGGCUGAGCUGGAGCUGGAGCUGUCGGAAGGUGAUAUCACGCAAAAGGGAUAUGAAAAGAAAAGGGCAAAGCUGCUGGCACGAUAUAUUCCAUUUAUUCAAGGAGUAGACCCAUACCUGCAAGCAGAGAAUCGACUCUCUGGACCCUCCCUGACCACUGCUGCACCCAAACCACAAAAGUCCCGGCCCACCAACUCCAGGGACGAGCGCUUCCGGUCAGAUGUUCACACUGAGGCUGUGCAAGCAGCUUUGGCCAAGUACAAAGAGAGAAAGAUGCCUAUGCCUUCAAAAAGACGUUCUGUCCUUGUGCAUUCAUCUGUGGAGACCUACACCCCUCCAGACACAUCAUCUGCCUCAGAAGAUGAGGGCUCUUUACGGCGACCCGGGCGACUCACCUCCACUCCGCUCCAGAGCCACCCUGGCGUUGAGCCCUGGCUCGACCGGGUCAUUCAGGGCUCCUCCACCUCAUCCUCUGCAUCCUCCACCUCAUCUCACCCGGGAGGGAGACCCAGCGCUGCUCCCAGUGCCGCCACCGCGCUCUCAGGCCUUGCAGCCCGCGCCCAUAUAGACGUGCACUCUGCCCCUCCUGAUGUCACCACGGGCAUUGUACCGUAUUCACACUAUGAGCGGCCACAAGUGGCCUCGGUGAGAGGUGUCCCUCGAGGGUACAGUGGCAGCAUCCUGGAAACGGCAGAUGGUGUCCCUGUGAACAGCAGAGUGUCCUCCAAAAUCCAGCAGCUUUUAAACACCCUGAAGAGGCCAAAACGCCCUCCUUUGAAGGAAUUCUUUGUCGAUGAUUUUGAGGAAUUAUUGGAAGUGUGGGCAGCAAGCAGGAUGGAGCACUACCGGAAAGCUGGCUCUGUAGAGCUCCCAGCACCUUCCCCAAUGCCUCAGCUACCUCCUGAUACACUGGAGAUGCGUGUUCGAGAUGGCAGCAAAAUUCGAAACCUGCUGGGCCUGGCACUGGGCCGCUUGGAGGGUGGCAGUGCUCGGCAUGUGGUAUUCUCAGGUUCUGGCCGUGCUGCAGGGAAAGCUGUCAGCUGUGCGGAGAUUGUCAAGAGGCGAGUCCCAGUUUGGGUACUGCUCAGUCGGGACCCCCUGGAUCCCAGUGAAUGUGGUUACCAGCCUCCAGGGGCACCCCCUGGGCUGGGCUCUGUGCCCAGCUCCAGCGGCAAACUUUGGAGUCGGAGUUUAAAACUGGCUUAUACUCUUCUUAACAAACUGACCAAUAAGAGUGAACCACUACUUACGCCCGGAGACAGAGUGGCACUCGUGUUUCCAAAUAGUGAUCCCGUGAUGUUCAUGGUUGCAUUUUAUGGGUGUCUCCUGGCGGAGCUGGUUCCUGUCCCCAUAGAAGUGCCGUUAACAAGAAAGGAUGCAGGCAGCCAGCAGGUCGGGUUUCUGCUGGGCAGCUGUGGAGUCACCCUUGCUCUCACUACAGAUGCUUGUCAGAAGGGCCUGCCCAAGGCACAGACAGGAGAAGUGGCCACUUUCAAAGGCUGGCCUCCCCUUGCCUGGCUGGUGAUUGAUGGGAAGCAUCUGGCCAAGCCCCCCAAGGACUGGCACCCUCUGGCCCAGGACACACAGGCUGGGACUGCCUACAUUGAGUAUAAAACCAGCAAAGAAGGCAGCACAGUGGGUAUCACGGUUUCCCAUGCGUCUCUACUGGCACAGUGCCGGGCACUGACCCAGGCAUGCGGAUAUUCAGAAGCUGAGACAUUAACAAAUGUGUUGGACUUCAAAAGGGAUGCUGGUCUGUGGCAUGGAGUGUUAACAAGUGUCAUGAAUAGGAUGCACGUGGUCAGCAUCCCUUAUGCACUGAUGAAGGUCAAUCCACUCUCCUGGAUUCAGAAAGUGUGUUCCUACAAAGCCCGAGCCGCACUGGUGAAGUCUCGUGACAUGCACUGGUCACUCCUAGCUCAGCGAGGCCAGAGGGAUGUCAGCCUCAGCUCCCUGCGCAUGCUGAUUGUGGCCGAUGGUGCCAACCCAUGGUCUAUAUCUUCCUGUGAUGCCUUCCUCAAUGUGUUCCAGUGCAGAGGCCUGAGGCCAGAGGCCAUCUGCCCUUGUGCUUGUUCUCCAGAGGGCCUGACAGUUGCCAUCCGCAGACCACCUGACCUGGGCGGACCUCCUCCAAGAAAAGCUGUUCUGUCAAUGAAUGGCCUGAGCUACGGUGUGAUCAGAGUUGACACUGAAGAGAAGUUGUCAGUCCUGACUGUUCAGGAUGUUGGCCAGGUGAUGCCUGGAGCUAGUGUGUGUAUUGUGAAGAUAGAAGGUACCCCUUAUCUUUGUAAAACUGAUGAAGUUGGAGAAAUUUGUGUGAAUUCCAGUGCAACUGGGACAGCAUACUAUGGGUUGCUUGGAAUCACCAAGAAUGUGUUUGAGACUGUUCCAGUCACUGCAGGAGGAGCCCCUGUCUCUGAGAGGCCUUUCACCAGGACGGGCCUGCUGGGCUUCAUUGGGCCUGAUAACCUGAUCUUCGUCGUGGGCAAGCUGGAUGGGCUGAUGGUUGUGGGAGUGCGCAGACAUAAUGCAGAUGAUGUGGUGGCCACCGCCCUGGCUGUGGAGCCCAUGAAGUUUGUCUACAGAGGCAGGAUCGCUGUGUUCUCUGUGACUGUGCUGCAUGAUGACCGGAUUGUCCUGGUAGCAGAACAGCGGCCUGAUGCCUCAGAGGAGGACAGCUUCCAAUGGAUGAGCCGUGUACUACAGGCCAUUGACAGCAUUCACCAGGUGGGCGUGUACUGUCUGGCCCUGGUUCCUGCCAACACCUUGCCAAAGGCUCCUCUUGGAGGGAUUCAUGUUUCAGAAACCAAGCAGCGCUUUCUGGAAGGGACCUUGCAUCCAUGUAAUGUGCUGAUGUGCCCACAUACCUGUGUCACCAACCUUCCCAAACCUCGUCAGAAGCAACCAGAGGUUGGACCAGCCUCAAUGGUUGUUGGGAACCUGGUUGCUGGAAAGAGAAUUGCACAGGCCUCCGGGAGAGAGCUGGCCCACCUGGAGGACAGUGACCAGGCGCGGAAGUUCUUGUUCCUGGCGGAUGUGUUGCAGUGGCGGGCACAUACCACCCCUGACCACGCACUGUUCCUGUUGCUGAAUGCCAAGGGCACAGUCACCAGCACUGCCACCUGUGUCCAGCUGCACAAAAGGGCUGAGCGGGUGGCCGCCGCUCUGAUAGAGAAGGGCAGACUGGAUGCUGGGGACCACGUAGCUCUGGUCUAUCCCCCAGGAGUGGACCUCAUUGCUGCUUUCUAUGGCUGCCUGUACUGCGGCUGUGUGCCUGUCACUGUGCGACCCCCACAUCCCCAGAACCUUGGCACCACACUGCCCACCGUUAAGAUGAUCGUGGAGGUCAGCAAGUCUGCAUGUGUCCUCACCACGCAGGCCAUCACAAGGUUGCUCAAGUCCAAAGAGGCAGCCGCUGCUGUGGACAUCAGGACCUGGCCAACUAUUCUUGAUACAGAUGACAUACCAAAAAAGAAGCUGGCCAGCAUUUUCAGACCGUCCUCCCCAGACGUGCUCGCAUAUUUGGACUUCAGUGUGUCAACCACUGGGAUAUUAGCAGGUGUGAAGAUGUCACAUGCGGCCACCAGUGCUUUGUGCCGCUCCAUAAAGCUGCAGUGUGAGCUGUACCCCUCGCGGCAGAUUGCCAUCUGCCUGGACCCCUACUGUGGCCUUGGCUUUGCCCUGUGGUGUCUGUGCAGUGUCUACUCAGGACACCAGUCGGUGCUGGUGCCCCCACUGGAGCUGGAGAGCAAUGUGUCCCUGUGGCUAUCGGCUGUCAGCCAGUACAAGGCCCGAGUCACCUUCUGCUCUUACUCAGUGAUGGAGAUGUGCACCAAGGGCCUGGGCUCGCAGACGGGUGCCCUCAGGAUGAAGGGUGUGAACUUGUCGUGUGUGCGCACAUGCAUGGUGGUGGCUGAGGAGCGGCCCCGGAUCACACUGACACAAUCCUUCUCCAAGCUGUUCAAGGACCUGGGCCUCCCGGCACGUGCCGUGAGCACCACCUUCGGAUGCAGGGUCAAUGUGGCCAUCUGCCUCCAGGGCACAGCUGGCCCAGACCCCACAACUGUCUACGUGGACAUGCGGGCACUGCGCCAUGACAGGGUACGUUUGGUUGAACGGGGUUCUCCACAUAGUCUGCCACUGAUGGAGUCUGGAAAGAUCCUCCCUGGGGUGAAGGUCAUCAUCGCACACACUGAAACUAAAGGUCCCCUUGGAGACUCACACCUGGGUGAGAUCUGGGUGAGCAGCCCCCACAAUGCUACUGGGUACUACACCGUCUAUGGGGAGGAGGCCCUCCAUGCUGACCACUUCAGUGCCCGGCUUAGCUUUGGAGACACCCAGACUGUUUGGGCGAGGACUGGCUACCUCGGUUUCCUUCGAAGAACAGAGCUCACAGAUGCCAAUGGAGAGCGACAUGAUGCGCUGUAUGUUGUUGGGUCUCUGGACGAGACACUUGAGCUGAGAGGCAUGAGGUACCACCCUAUCGACAUUGAGACAUCUGUGAUCCGAGCUCACAGGAACAUCGCUGAGUGUGCUGUGUUCACGUGGACCAAUCUGCUGGUGGUGGUGGUAGAGCUGGAUGGUCUGGAGCAGGAUGCACUAGAUCUGGUGGCACUGGUGACCAAUGUGGUAUUGGAGGAGCACUACCUAGUGGUGGGCGUGGUGGUCAUUGUGGAUCCAGGCGUGAUCCCCAUCAACUCUCGGGGAGAGAAGCAGCGCAUGCACCUGAGGGAUGGCUUCCUGGCCGACCAGCUGGACCCAAUCUACGUGGCCUACAAUAUGUGAGCACCAUGCAGCAGAGCCCAUGGAGGGAGCCAGAGAAGGUGUGAGGCCAGGAGAUGUGGUAUCUCCAUCCUGGAAGAAAGAGGGCUGAUGUUCUUAAGAGUUUCCUCCUUCUUGUGCUUUUAUUGAUCCCUCUCAGCAGUUCUUUGACUCCCAUUUUAAAAAACAUUUCCUGAACAAGCUAAAGAAAUAUUUUGCAUCUGCCAAGUACAUUUACAGAAAUAUGAAAGCCAGCAUUUUUUUUAAUAAGCCAAAGUUCAGUUAAUUCUAUUUUGUGUGUGUGUGAUUCUGGGACUUAAACCCAGAGCCUAGUGCAUGUGAGGCAAGCGCCUACCACUGAGCAAUGGAAGCCCUGGAAGCCAGCUUUUUAAUUGAUGAAGUGACUGGAAAGAAGAGGAAAGACCCAGCGUGGCUUCUUGAGGGGUCACAGAUACCAGUUGUUCUCUGCUAUACUGCAAGUUAGCACUUUUUAAAGCUAAAAUGAAGUUUCUGGUUUCUAAAAUUCAGUUAUUUAUUCCCACCUCAAAUGGCAGGUUUCUAUGUGGAAUUUAUUCUAGACAGGCUGUAACAGCCUGCAACACAGCCUGCAGCACCGCCUCUGUUGUGCGGGCAGAGCCAAGCUCAGCGAGACCAGGAAAUGGAGCCCCGCCCUCCACCCCCAGGCCCACAGUGUGGCCCAGCACCGUGCCACCGCUGAGCCAGUUCUAUUAUACAGAGAGAUGUGCCAGUUGUCUCAUAUUUUGUUGGAAACACUCAGUAAGUACCAUUUGGAACCGUCAACUUAGAAGAUUUGUUUCAAAAAGAUAAACCAGCAUUUAGUUUUAAAUCACUCUACUUCUGCUCUUUAGUCAAAUUGAUACUUCUCAUAACAUUACAGCAUUCUUCUCAUGAAAGUAUACUGAGUGAUUUUUGUUCCAAGUCAGCAGGUGUGGAAGCACUGGUGGUGAUCUAGGGUUUCCCCACCACCAUGCCAUCCUUGCAUUCCAUACAGUUGUGGGGGCAGCAGCAGAGGGCCUGUGUCCUGUGUUAAUGGUGGAGAUAAUUUCAAAACGGCUUGUGCAUUUUGGGUUGUGUGCCUAUACAAUUUGGCAAGUUAUUUUCAGUUAUUUUAUUCAAACAUGACUAAACUGAGUUACCUACUAUUAAUACAGAAGUGAAAUUGAAGAGAAUGUAAAGUCCUUUGGAUACUUCUGAGAACUUGAAGUCAAGCAUGAAUCUAAAACAAUUAUUUUUAUAUAUCUAAUUGAGAGUAUGUUAUGAAGUUGUUGGGCGUUUGGGGCUUUGGCAGUGGCAAAGUUUAUAAAUCAUGCAUGCUUCACAGAAAACAUGCAGGUUUUUCUGGAAUUAGUCUGGAUCAGUGCCUAUCAUAGCUGUCGUUAGUUCACAGCAGGUCUGUCCACGUGGGCCAACUCCUGUCUUAUCCUCAUUUGGCUACAGAUAGCACUGUGUGCAGUAGCCCUCCCUAUCCAUGGAUUUGACUAUGGUGUAAUAUGUUGAACAGGCUGGAAUUCUAAUAAUCCUGUUGUAAUUAUGUACAGAACCCAUGUAACAUAUUGUUUGGCAUACAGAGAUUUUCGCAAUGGACUAAUGGGACUAAUGGACAUUCUUUAGAGUGGCUGAGAAGAGAACAGAACUACCUAACCCCAGUCUUCUACCUAACCUCAACCUUCAUGUUGUAGUUUUUUUAACAAAUAAAAAUUGUAAACUUUUUGUAUUGAAGGGUCAGUGGAAGUUAAGAUGCUAUCUGGUAAAUUAAGAUUUUAGGAAGUACAUUAAAUUGUAUUGAAAUUAUUCUCUGGGAAUUAUGUAUAUCACACUAAAAUAUUUUAUAUCUUAUGUUAAUAAAAGUUAUUGACUAUUUGUAAUCCU